AAUCUCUCCUGGCUUCCCUAAAUAAUCGACGACCAAUAAUAGGCUGCAUGCCCCCGCACAAGCAGGCAACAAAGCAGAGCCUGCUUUCGUCCAACCUCCACUAUUUCCACCACUGGUUUCUAACACACUCAAAUGCUACCAGAACAAAGUUAUAAGUGUCUGUCCAAACCAGUUCUGGGCCGGGAUCAAUGAGCCAUCAACAUACUCUGACUGCUCCGAGGCAAAAAAUGGUUGCUUUCAUGGCCCGUUCCAAUUGAAACUGACCUUGAAGAUAUUCAACAUCUUCGUACAUACCCAGACGAGAUAAACGUCUCAGUCCGCCUAGAGCAGAGAAGACUAGCUAUCGGACCUCUUGAAUGAUUCCCAAACACCUUGGUAACUAACUACCUCCACUCCGGCUAUCUAUGAGAAUGUUGCCGUCAAAUGCCAAAAGAAAGACAAGAGACAAGGAAGGCAGAGAAAGAAUUCAUCUCGAGAAAGUCGUCAUGUAUGUCCUAGUAGUUCCAGGUGAUGCCUCCUCAAAGGAAGCAACUGGAUUUAUCAUCGCUUUUGUAGUUAAAAAGAAAAGCCAUCAUCGCCAGAAAAGAUCAAGGAGUGCCUAAAGCCGAUCCUACACAACUGGUGAAGUGAAAGGCAAACGAGAAAGAGGAAUCAUUAUCUGUUUCAAUGUUGUUGUUAUCCUUGAUAUUUUUACCAUCAGAUUUAAACCCGAGAGAUAAGUAGUCUUUUCUGCUACAAUGAUAAUAGUAAAUGCUAAAUACGGAAUAAUACAGCAUUUCUGUUAGUCUUAGAGGUGUGUUACUUUUAAGAGCCGCCACUUCCUCAAUGAACCACCUCUUUGUGACGUCGUGUUGAAGCUUCACCUGCCUAUAAUUAAGCUCUUCUCAUCAAGCAACUGGGUGCCCGCCUACUAACAGAGUUCCCCAUCAUAUCAUCUUCCGCAUCCUAUCACACCUCAAGGCUACUAUUCUUUCUACUAUAGGCGCCGUCGAUAGGAUUUCGGAUCCUUCAAAAUGGCUAAUGGAAGUCUGUCCGAGUUCCAUCCGCACCCGAUCCCUCAUGCAGAAUUAGCAUUACGAGGAAGCAUCAAUUUCUUGCAUCCUGGCUAUCAAGAGCCCCGCAAUGUUCUACUGUACCUCCCGCGUGUUGAUCAAGAAGCAGGUCCUCACACCUUUGGCGUUCACCAUCAAACCGCGUUGAUCGCCUGCCAGAUCAUCGGAAACAACGCAUUUAAAACUGGCCGCCUUUGUCAUGAUAAAGAUGGUCGACAGCCUGUAAAUGUACCGCUUGAUGGGGUGCUGACUGACCCAACUUAUUACUUUCUGGUUGACGCUGGCGCAAGCAAAUACCCUAUUGUCCCCAGUUUUCAGGACUGGGAGUUCCCGCACGACUGCAUCCCGGAUGCUUGGGGACCCCCUUCCGUAUUUCCUGAACCCCGUAUAUCUCGCUGUGGUAUCACCAACUUCUCGACAUGCACUGAAGAGGCACACCUUGUGCCAAAGGAAGAACUGCUCUGGUACUAUAGAAACGGGAUGAGCCAAUAUUGUACAAACCUAGGAGAUAUUGAUGAUUCGGCAAACCUCGUUUCGCUUAGACCGGAUAUUCAUAAAUGCUUCGACAAUCGGUGGUUCGUUAUCGUCCCAAAGGUUGCCGGGGGGAGGGAUGCGCCUGAGGUGGUGACCGGUACUCGUUCAGCACACUACGUAUCACACAUACUUUCCACAGCUGCUGCUGAAUACUGGCCAACGUAUCACAACACCAUAGUCCAAUACCUUGAUAGCAAAUCCCGUCCUUAUCUCUUUGCUCGGUUCGCUUGGGCCAUUCUUCUUUUUGUGAAGCCCUUUGUUACAGCCGGCGACUCUCGCCACGUUGUUCGCCUCCAAGCGUCGACUGGUGUCGAGGAUGUUGAGUUGGAAUGGAAGGCAGAAUUCUUAAGCGGGGCACAGCUUAGGGCCAGCUACAGUGGCGGGGGUCUCAAGAGCGCGACAUCCAAAAAAGGAAGAUCAGCAUUAGAUGCAUUGGGAGAGGAUAAUGAUCUUGCGGAGUCUAGUGAGGAUAGCGAUAUCGGUAUGGAGAACGACAUCUGGGAUAAUGUCAUGGAUGAGUGGGAAGCAAGGGGGUAUAGUAGGCGUCAGCAGAUCUCCAGCGAGACUGCACCCGAGACUGCACCCGAGAUUAUAUCAGCAGAUGCCACAGGUCGGACCAAUUUGAAAUCAGAUCCGUCAGGAUUGCAGGUAGCGGAGUCCAAAUAUAUCUAAACCCUGUCACAAAUUCAGACCUCCCAAUCCAACAUCUCGCACAUUUCCCUCUGUUCUGUGUCGUGGUGAGACAAACCUGAAGUUAAGAAUAAUAGUAUGAGUGAAGCAUUUCACUUUUAUGUAAGUAUAGUUAUAGCAAACUUUUUAAUUAGAGCCCAUCAAUUCCUUUAUAAUCAAGUGAGUAACAAUCGUAUUUAAUCAAACUAUUUCUGGCGAUUAAAAGUUUUAAAGAUUGAUUUUCCAUCUGUUAUUUUAUUCAUUUAAAAUAGAAAAUCGAAUUAUUGAGUAAGAAAUCGAGCUGAAUUGGUCCAUACUUUGCCU